UCCACCGUCUCUGAUGGCCUGGCGAUCGCACUGGUCCGGGUGCUCUCGUCUACCGCUGCCGAGGAAACUGACGGAGCCGGAGCGCGGCGGCGGGGCUCGGAGCCCGGAGAGUCAGCUGAUCCGGCCCACCCCGUUCGGCACCCGAGAGAGACCCCUAGCGGAGCCGCCGCGGAGCUGCGCCCGCUGGCACCGGGAGGGGUCCGCGCCCCCGGCGCCCACAGGUGCGGCGCCUCUGGCUCCCCACGCGCCUCCCUGGCCCACCCCCCACCGCCCACCAGGGCUCGGGGAACCACAGGAGGGAGAGUCUGGGGCCAGGGGAGGGACGGUGCAGGAUCAGGGAAAGGACUGCUAUAACAAAAUACCACAGAAUGAAUGCUGGUUGGAAGAUCAUUCAGCUGAACAGAAAAUAAUAGAAAUUGAAGAGGUCUGCCUAUGAAGGUCUGCCUAUGAAGAUGGCAUCCUGUUCCCCACGAAGCUGGCUUGCCCUUAACAUGACUACCAGACUCUGAAAAUAAAUAAAAUGGCCUUUUACAUUUUUCCCUUAGAAAAUGUUA